ACAGACGACAAAAAUGAGGGUAUGUGUCUGAUGCCAAAGCCCUUUAUCUUCGCAGUUUCAGUCUAUUUUUUUUACUGUUACGCAACAGAAUGAAUUAAUUCUAACGAUUUGGUUUUAAUGAUGACUGUCGAUGGAAUUGGUAGGAUCACCUUGUUUCUAAUGCUAGUGGCACUUCCCUUCGCAUCACCCAGUGCCCAGUUUAAAUGUACCGGCAACUGGUCAUCUUUCAAUGGAAAUUGCUACCAGUUUAAUGACAACAAUUUAUCUUGGCCUGAUGCCAACCAAACUUGUCAAAAUAUAGGGACGUAUCUAGUAACCAUAAACUCAGCAAACGUCCAGUCUUAUCUUGGAACACAAACACAAGGAAAUCCUAGUUAUUGGAUUGGACUUAAUGACAGGACUCAGGAGGGUACCUGGCAAUGGACGGAUGGAACAGUCGGCACAUACUAUAACUGGUAUCCUGGGGAACCAAAUAAUUAUGGUGGCGUAGAGGAUUGUGUGGAAUUAUCACCUCAGGCUCCUUAUCAGGGAAAAUGGAACGAUCACGAUUGUUCAUCUCUCUAUGGUUUCAUCUGCCAAAAACCCGCUGAUUGUGUAAACGGACUGUAUGGAGAAAACUGCAAUCUUAUCUGUGGACAUUGCAAUUGCGAUCGUCACGAAGGGAAUUGUAUAGGCAGUUGUGACAUGGGAUGGAAAGGGGUUGAGUGCAACACUUCAACCCAGUUUAAAUGUACCGACAACUGGUCACCUUUCAAUGGAAUUUGCUACCAGUUUAAUGAUACUAAGUUAUCAUGGCCUGAUGCCAACCAAACUUGUCGGAAUACAGGGGCGGAUCUAGUAACCAUAAACUCAGCAACCGUCCAGUCUUAUAUUUUCAUACAGUCACAAGGAAAACAAUAUUGGCUUGGACUAAAUGACAGGACUCAGGAGGGUACAUGGCAAUGGACGGAUGGAACAGUCGGCACAUACUAUAACUGGUAUGCUGGGGAACCAAAUAAUUAUGGUGGAAAAGAGGAUUGUGUGGAAAUAAAUUUUAUGAACGAUCAGGGAAAAUGGAACGAUCGCGAAUGUUCAAUUCUCGAGGGUUUCAUCUGCCAAAAACCAGCUGAUUGUUUAAACGGACUGUAUGGAGAAAACUGCACUCUUAUCUGUGGACAUUGCAAUUGCGAUCGUCAUGAAGGGAAUUGUACAGGCAGUUGUGACACGGGAUGGAAAGGGGUAGAGUGCAACACCUCCUGUGACAGCGGCGAAUAUGGGAGAGAUUGCUUAGAGAGAUGUAGUGGAAACUGUUUGAAUGGUGAAACGUGCGAUCGUUUUAAUGGAAACUGUAGUUCUUGUUCUGCAGGAUGGAAAGGUUCAAUGUGUAAUAUUUCUUGUGACAGUGGAGAAUAUGGGAAAGAUUGCUUAGAGAGAUGUAGUGGAAACUGUUUGAAUGGUGAAUGUGAUCGUUUCUAUGGAAACUGUAGUAAUUGUCCUACAGGAUGGAAAGGUCCAAUGUGCAAUAUUUCUUGUGACAGCGGCGAAUAUGGGAGAGAUUGCUUAGAAGAGUGUAGUGGAAACUGUUUGAAUGGUGAAACGUGUGAUCGUUUUAAUGGAAACUGUAGUUCUUGUUCUGCAGGAUGGAAAGGUCCAGUGUGUAAUAUUUCCUGUGACAGCGGCGAAUAUUGGAGAGAUUGCUUAGAGAAGUGUAGUGGAAACUGUUUGAAUGGUGAAACGUGUGAUCGUUUUAAUGGAAACUGUAGUUCUUGUUCUGCAGGAUGGAAAGGUCCAAUGUGUAAUAUUUCCUGUGACAGCGGCGAAUAUGGGAGAGAUUGCUUAGAGAAGUGUAGUGGAAACUGUUUGAAUGGUGAAACGUGUGAUCGUUUUAAUGGAAACUGUAGUUCUUGUUCUGCUGGAUGGAAAGGUCCAAUGUGUAAUAUUUCUUGUGACAGCGGUGAAUAUGGGAGAGAUUGCUUAGAGAAGUGUAGUGGAAACUGUUUGAAUGGUGAAACGUGUGAUCAUUUUAAUGGAAACUGUAGUUCUUGUUCUGCAGGAUGGAAAGGUUCAAUGUGUAAUAUUUCUUGUGACAGUGGAGAAUAUGGGAGAAAUUGCUUAGAGAGAUGUAGUGGAAACUGUUUGAAUGGUGAAGCAUGUGAUCGUUUCUAUGGAAACUGUAGUAAUUGUCCUACAGGAUGGAAAGGUCCAAUGUGUAAUAUUU